UUUUUACUAGGAGAAUAGCUUUGUCGUCGAUAAUAUCUUUUUUUUUGAUUCAUUAUGGACAGACUUGAUGAAGAAAGUGCAGAUCUAGAUUUUCUUGAGGAAAAUCUGAAAAAUACUGAAGCUCUGACAGAGAAAAUGACUAGUAUGCUUAAUAUAUUUGAUGAUCGAUUGGUGAGAUUAGAGGCUUCAAUUCUGCCAAUUCACAAAUCGACACUGACUUUAACCAAGUUGGCGGAGAAUAUUGAUAGGACUCGUAAUGGAGUUUUGGAGAUUAUUGGAUAUUUUGAUUUGGUAGAAAGAGAAGAAAUGAUGAUAAAAAGAGGUCCAAAUGAAAAUGAUUUGGAAUCAUAUUUAAAUUCUAUUGGAAAAUGUAAAAAAGCAAUAGAAGUUUUGAGUGGAAUGAGAUUAAAGAGUAGUGAAAAAGUCAUUGGGCAGUUGAAACAACUCUUAAAGGCUGCCAUAUUAAAAUUGGAAGACCUUUUUCGUUCAUGGUUGACAAAUAGAUCUAAUUCAAUCGAACCACUUUCUUAUAUAACAAAAAAUCUUGAUAUACCCGGAAUUCCACAAGGGCCUUUACAAAACCUUGCAACAUUAUCUUCAUAUCUUUCAUCUUUUGGUCCAGAAAUUGGAUACAAUAGUGAUUUUGUAAAAGUUUAUAUUGAAGUACGUUCAACAUAUCUUACAAAAUCAUUAAAAACAUUAGCGCAGGGUUCUAUUAGUACUGCAGAAAAAAGAAGUACUCCAGUAUAUGAGAAAGGAACUUGUGGGUUUAACUCAUAUACGGAUGCCAUUUUAAAAAUGUUUAAGACAGAAUAUGAAAUAGCAGAGAAAAUUCUUCCUUCAGAAAGUGUUAUGCCCGGAUACAGAGACACAAUACAAAUUCCACUAGAUAAUUAUGUUGAAACUGGCAGAACAUUGACUAAUCGUAUAAAAAAAAAUAUGCAAACAGAUGUAUUUUUGGCUUUUGAUAUGAUGGAAUCAUUGAAUAAAAAUGUUGGUUCUUUCGAAGAAGUGUUUAGACUUGCAGGGAAAAAAGAUUCAGCUUAUAACGAACUCUUAUAUUCAUUAAGAGCAGUUGCACUUUGUUCAUUCCCAGAGUUUAUAGACGAAAUUAAAAAUAAUCGUGCAAAGACGAUGAAUAUUCCAAGCGAUGGUACUAUUCAUGAAUUAACAAUAACAACUUUACAACACCUAAAGCGGUUAACUGAUUAUCAAGAAACAGUUGAGACAAUGCUAUUGACUUUAGGAGACGGUAAUUGGAAUUCUUCAGAGAAAGACGCUAAUUUUUCACGAGACAAAACAGGACGUGGUGUAUCUGGAAAUGUUGUUAUUCAACACUAUUUUGCUGAUGUUUUAGAAAGUUUGUCUAACACACUAGAUUCCAGAUCAAAGUCAUAUAAAAAGACUGCGCUGACGUGUAUUUUCCUAUUAAAUAACUAUCAUCAUAUUUUGAAAAGUGUAAGGUCCCAAUUUUACUCUGUUUUAGAUCCAGAUAUUGAACGUAAAUAUGAGAAAAUGGUCAAAAAAUAUAAUGAUGGCUAUCAAGACACAUGGAAGCCAUGUUUUUCAAAUCUUAUGGACACUACAUGGGUUCGAGGUGGUUCCGCACUAAAGGCUUUAGGAUCAAACGAAAAAUCAAUUGUUAAAGAAAAAUUCAAGAAUUUCAACACAGAAUUCGAGGAAACAUACAAAGUUCAUAAAAGUUAUGCAAUACCCGACCCCGACUUACGUAUUCAGGUUAUCAAAGAUAUUAAGAUUGUUUUAAUGCCUGUAUAUAAUCGAUUCUUAGAAAAAUAUCAACAAACGGAAUUUUCCAAAAAUCCUACUAAAUAUAUUAGAUAUGAUCCACAAACUUUGGAGAAUAUGGUUAAUAGAUUAUUUGACGGAUCUAUAUAUUAAAAUUUUGAGAAUUUUUAAAUAAUUUAUUUAUUACA